AUGGAAGAGGGAGGAGACAAUGGUAUUCAAUCUGGAAUCCAAUCUGGAGUAGCUGGACUAAGGUCUACCUUUGCCGAAACGAAAAAUACACAGUCCACCGGUAGUGAUGAGAACACCGUUGAGAAACUUUCGUUGAAACUACUUGAGCAAACGCAACUUACGAAUGAACUUCAGCAAGAGAUAGCAAACUUGAAUAAAAAAUAUAGCCAACAGAAACAACUACUAAUACAAGCAAGAAAAGAGAAACAUGAGGCUGAUCUAGAGGUGACCAGAUUAUCUUCCGAAAUUGAAGAUAUUAGCGCAGAUUUGUUUGAACAAGCUAACCUUCAGGUUAGGGAGGCUAAAAUCGAUGCUGACGAAACAGAAAAAAUGAAUGAACGGCUCUCCAACACUAUCAAGGAAAAAAACACGACUAUUGAAAUUUUGCAAAUUGAGUUAUCAAACUUGAAAUCCCUAAUGUCAAAAAUGAUGGAUCAAAAGGAAACUCUAUCACCGCAUUUAGAACGACAAGAAUCUGCUACAAAGAUAAACAGUUCGAACGAAACAGCUGAGAUUCCCAGCCAUGCAAAGUUCUGCACUAAUCUUCUUUCGUCCUUCAAUGAGAAAACAAUUUACUCACCAAUGUUCAAUCAAAUCAGGUUUGAUCUACCAGCAUUUGAGACUUUUAAGGAUUCACUCAUUGAUAUAAAAUCGAGCAAAUUUGAUAUCCUAUCAACUAAAUUCUAUGCCAAAUUAAUUGACGAACUCGAUGAAACUCUCAGGUUGGAUAAGGCGCCUUCAUUACAAAGUAUCAAAUUGCGAUGGAAUAGAAAGACAUUUUUGCGUGAAUUGACAGAAAAGGCUGUCACGAUUGAACCUUUGAGUGCAGCCACGGAAUCUUGGAAAUCGCAGACUUUGCACAGCUAUGUUCCUGCAAGUUCGUCAUCUGAAGUAUCAACACCGGAAGCACAUGACCCAGAGAACAUGCCGUCAUUAUCUAGGUUUGGCACCUCAAAUACAGUUGUUACCUCUUAUGAUCCAUCUUUGUUCAAAAAUGUUUCUGAUCAUAUAGGUGACAAGGGUCACGGAGUGUCACCGCUAGCAGUUACCACGCCGUGUGGCCUAUGCGGCGAGCAACGAAGGGAUAUGAAUUUCUCAAGAUUGUACCACUUACGAAUUGAAGAUUCGUCAUUACACAAAUCCGAUUUUGCACUAUGCAUAAAUUGUGCUAAUAAGUACCGGGUAGUUGUGGAUCUCUUAAAAUUUGUCUACUCUCUAAACUCGAACAAUAUGCAUUUGCAUUCUGACAUAGGCGAUUUCUUAAGGUGGUCUUGGGCUAACAUUGUGAAUCUGAAAGCAAAAGUUUGGUAUGCCGUUAAUAUUGGUAUCUGGAGUGAAAAGGAACUAUUUGGUCUUGUUUACGGCUGGCAGAAUGAUUGGCUGGUUUCGGCUCCAAUUCAAACGAACACACCCUCCAAAUCUUCACGGUAUAGCAUUACUGAGACAUGCCAGACAUCAAGUUCAGCAAGUGCCGUGUAUUCUAAUGAUACUAAAUCCAAUCUAGAUAAUACCAAAAGAGACUCGUAUUUACAAUCGCCGAAGGGUAAAGGGUGGGCCGGGUGGACUGAAGUGGUGCAGCAGACACAUACGGAAAAGUCGGUGACGGUUAGCCCGCAGUUACUAGGGUUGGGGCCGAGACGAUCUAACGUGAGUUUGGUAUCUGACAAGGUCGAAGACGCCAUUUUAAAGAGUCAGGAGCAAGAGGUUGCUGUAGAUGCUGGAUUUGAAGAUGCUGUUGAAAAUGUAGACUCCAUUAUCAAGAAAUCGGAUUUGACAGUUCCCCAUGAUACACUCGCUAGUGACACCAAGGAAAGAUUAGCUGAUUCAGAAAGAAAUGAGGCGAAAGUAUCUCCAGCAGUCUAA